GUAUUUAUAAAUUAUCAAAAUUGAGUCUAUUUGUAAGAUGUUAGCUUGUGUCAUGUUAUAUGUAGACUGGAAUGGGUAGCGAGUUUUCAAUUUACCAUUUUGAUAUCAUAAAUAAACAAGUAAACAUUCUUUGUCUGUAUAUAAUGGAUAAUAGUCAUCAAAUAAAGAUAAUUUUAUUGAUAACUGAAUGCCAUUAUUUGUAUAAGUGUAACGUAUGUUGCCUAAAUAUUAGUGAAAAAUAAUAAAAAAAUAAAACUAGAAAAAUUCCUAAAAUAAUCAUAUAAAAUCAAAUUUUUUCAUACGCUAUAGCAAAUAUUACUUAAAAACUAUUAAAUUAUUAUAAACCGUAAAUAUAUCUGUCAAUUGUAAUCAAAACAAAUUUUUAGGUUAGAUUUUUAUAAAAUGUCAAAAUGCAAUCUUUUGAAAGAAUAUAAAAAAAAUGUAGUUGAAUUACAAAAUCGUGCCAAAAUUCUAGGUUUAAGUAAAAAAGAAGUUAAUCAAGUGUUCAAAGAAUCAUUCGUGAAAUUACAAAAUGAGUUAAACGGCUCAAAUUUGUCCCAAACUAACAAAGCUCAAAAGAUUUGUACCAAUUUAAAAAAUGUACUCGUUUUAUUUACCGCUUCUUUUAUCUUUAUUUAUAUUUUACUUAAUGUUCAUCAACCAACGACGAGUAUAGUUUUAAGAAAUGUCCAAGGUUUAACGUAUCCAACACUGAAAUUUGUAAGGUAUCUCUCUGUUCCAAUAAUUAAGUUAUUUCCUGCUCUUACAGAUUUAUAUGAUGAAACAUGUCUAGUAGAAAAUCCCUAUUUUUAUGUAGCGGAUAUGGAAUGUUGGCCUUGUGAAAAUGUUUUUACUGUAUUGAAUAUUUCGAAAUUCGAAGAUAGUUACCUAAAAUCAGGAACUGCUGCUCCGUAUAUUGUAAAGUCAACUCAGAAGACUGUAAACUUUGAAAAACUUAAAUACCAUUAUGAACAAAACAAAAAAACUUUGAAUAAAGAAACUAGAAGACUAAAGUCCACAAAUUCAAGUAUCAUCACUUUAGAAGACUUAUUUGGAAAAAAUAAUAAUUUAAUAGCUUCUGAUCCAGAUUUACAUAUCUCCUGGCGCAUUACCAAAAUGACUUCUGCCAGGAUUAUCCGGCAGCUGUUUCCAAAACCAUUUUUUCUACCUGAUAGGUCAGGUCAAAGUGUUGAAAGAUUCGUAAUGGUAGAUGGUGUUCAAUCAGGUCCUUAUGUAUUACCAAACACCGAAUGUAGUUACGUAUUUAUUACUCAAGGGUCAGGGGAGAGAACUAUUGUUCUGAAACCUGCCAAAGAAUGCACUUCCAAAUGUCGUACUAUAUCAGUAAUAUUGAGGCCGUCUUAUAUUUUAUCAUAUAAUUGGUGGUAUUGGCGCCCUAUUAGUCUUCCUGUAACAAAUGCUACUGGACCUUCCGUAACUUAUAUCAAUUCAUACUGUUAACAAUUUUAUGAAAAACUAUUCUAUUUUAUCUCGUAGAUUUAAGUGGAGUCAAUAAAAGGCUGAUUUUACAAAAAAA